AUGGUGGGCUCCAACUCGCAUACAGAAGCAGAUAGCUCUGCAGGGGAUCCAUGGCCCUCCUUACAAACUCAUCCAUGGAAACACCAAAGGAAUCUCCCACAUGAUGAAGGAAGCCAUGGCCAAUUUAUGUGGCACGGUUCUCAGGCUCAGUUGGUGAUCACAGAACCUGAGUUGUGCAAAGAGAUACUGAAUAACAAAGAUGGAGCUUAUCCGAAAAAAGAGAUCCAAAACUUUGUAAAGAAGCUAUUAGGAGAUGGCUUGGUUUCAACAACAGAAGCUGAAAAAGGGGCAAAAUUGAGAAAGCUGGCCACUCUUGCCUUCCAUGUAGAGAGCUUAAAAUGCCGAGACAAUGCUAGGAAGGUGGAAAAUUAUGAAGGAAAAGAGAUUGAUGUGCUUCAAGAGUUUAGGUUGCUGAGUUCAGAAGUGACUUCCAGAAUAGCAUUUGGCAGCAGCUAUAUUGAAGGAAAGAACAUUUUUGAGAUGUUGACCAAGUUAGGCUUCAUAAUCUACAAAAAAUUUCUCACAAUCAGGGUUCCUGUCAUUAGUGAGUUCUUUAAAACCAGCGAUGAGAUAGAGUCGGAGAAACUUGAGAAAGGAAUACAAGACUCUAUAUAG